UAAAAAAAAACCCCUCAAUCUCUCGUUUCUAGGGUUUAUCACCCCGUCAUCUUCGUCGGCGAGAUCAGUUUCGGACUCCGUCGAAUUCGAUUUUACAGAAGAUAUGGGUGACAAGAGGAAGAAGACGUUCAUGUUCAUCCGUCUAGUUUCAGCAGCUGGGACUGGAUUCUUCUAUGUCAAGAGGAAGAGUACCAAGGGACUUCUUGAGAAGCUCGAGUUCCGCAAGUACGAUCCUCGAGUUAAUCGCCAUGUCCUCUUUACUGAGCAGAAAAUGAAGUGAACAAUGCUUUGAUUGAUUGAUUUAGCUUGUUUAUGCUAUCAAACUUGUUACAAUAAUAUAUGCAAGUUACUUCCUCAUCAAUCAAAUAGCUUUUCAAUUUAGAACUUGUAUCGAAACUGUUUGUUGGAUUCUCUAAAACAUAAUUUUAAGUGCAGUUUGAUAGUAUUGUGAUCAA